AUGGCCAAAAUCAAGGCUGGGGACCUUCGCGGCAAGAAGAAGGAGGAGCUGUUGAAACAGCUGGACGAUCUGAAAGUGGAGCUUGCCCAGCUCCGCGUCGUCAAAACUCAGAAGGAGAACCUCAGAAAAUACUAUAAGGCCAAGAAGUACAAAGCCCUGGAUCUGCCGCCCAGGAAAACACGUGCCACGCGCCGAAGGCUCAACAAGCACGAGGAGAACCUGAAGACCAAGAAGCAGCAGCGAAAGGAGCGCCUGUACCCCCUGCGGAAAUACGCAGUCGAGGCCUGA